AUGGCACCGGCUGGAGUUCCGCCGCCUUUCCACCCGACCUGGCUUUCGAAAACCACGCUGGUCGUCGUAGAGGCCGAUCGCUUUGGCGAGCAACCCCACAUGUACGUGGUCGUUGGUCCGAAGAAGGCUUUGGUCAUCGAUACCGGCUGCGACACGGCCAACUUUUGCGAGUUCCUCUGGAGCCUCCCCGGGUUGGCAGAGAAGGAGUUCCAAGUUGUCAAUACGCACAUCCACUACGACCACAUCAUGGGGAAUUAUGGCUUCUGUGCGCCUGGGGGACGCUCUUUACGAGGUGGCUGUCGAAGUAUUUGUCAAGGCUCCCGGAACCGCCACUUCAGCCAAAACUGGCAGGAAACAUCGCUGCAGAGCAUGGUCGGUGCUAAGAUCUCAAACUUCUGCGUCACAGACUGGUUGGAUGAGGGUCACAGAAUUUAUUUGGACGAUGAGAACCCGACUGAAGCGGAGUCAUUGGAGGUCCUCCACACGCCUGGACACACACCAGAUUCCAUCUCUCUGUAUUACCCAGCCGAGAAUCGAAUAUUCACUGGGGAUCUAAUCUAUCCCGGAAACAUCUUCCUCUUCCUCCCUGGCAGCCGGCUGGAGGAGUUUGACGAGAGCCUCUGCAAACUGAAGGCUUUCCUGGCCAAGAAGCCUGGAGGAGCCCUACUCAGCUGUGGCCACAUGACACCAGCCUUGAAGGCAGACAAGUUGGAGGAACUCUACGAGCUGCUGGGAGCCUUGCGAAAAGGGGAGGCCCCUGGUCGCGCCGAGGGCUCCGCCCUGUCUCCCGAGCCAGUGACUUCCUUCCAGACGCCUUGCUUCACAUUGAUGUGUCGCACUGCAGACGUUCCGGCCAUGGCAUCAACGGAAGGAUGUCGGACUGAUGCUGGUGCAGUGCAGACGCUGGCAGAAGUCCAGGUCGAUUUCCAGGAGCUUGUAUAA